GUUGAUUGUGGUCUCCUCUAAACUGCAACACUGAAAACAAUGGCAACAGAAUGUAUAAAAAACUGCUGUAAAUUGUGUUUCUGCGUGGAAAAAGAGAUAAAUGAUCCAUUUUCCAUGGUACAGAACUCUGAGGCAGCAGCUGCAAGCAAGCCAGCUAUUGUAGAGAAGCCUCCGUUGUCUUCUGUGUCAGUGAAGUGUCAGGUUGGCUGUUCAGAGGAUUAUCUGCUUUCUAAACUGCCCCUGGAUGGUCAGGAGGUACCAUUUGUGGUCCCUCCAUUCAAAUUGUCUUAUGUGCAGCCAAAGAACCUUCCUAGUAUCUCACAUGCUGGAGCAAUUCAAGAAUCUGCCAGAGCCUCGUUUGGUGACCGGAAAGCAGAACUGCAGGGCGCGCACCAGUGGCCCCAGUAUGAUGUGUACAACCCCUUCUAUCUGGAGCAUCGCCUCUCACCAGAUCUCAUUAGGCGCUUCCAAGCAAAAUCAGAUAAUAGGAAACUCUAUGGAUCAGUUAGUGAUUUAAGACCUGGUGCUUUGCCUGGAUCAUUUGAUGUAAGUCGUUCAAUGUUCGAUCUCAGAAGCCCACCUCAUCGAUUCAUGAGGAGAUAUGAUUCAUUGUCCAGUGUACCUAGCAGUAUUUCUUCCAGGAAGGAUUCACAAGGCAGUAACAGGAGUUUGGAUACUAUUACAUUAUCAGGUGAUGAACGAGACUUUGGAAGACUGAAUGUGAAGUUGUGUUAUGUUUCUUCCGUAGAACAGAUUUGGAUUACAGUUUUACAUUGCAAAGACCUCAGCUGGCCUUCUAGCUGUGGGGAAAAUCCUCAUAUCUGUGUCAAGGGAAUUCUCACACUGCCCAAACCAGUGCACUUCAGGUCUUCUGCCAAGGAAGGUUGCAGUGACAUUGAAUUUAUGGAAACUUUUGUAUUUGCUAUUAAACUGCAAAGCCUGCAAGCUGUCAGAUUGGUAUUUAAAAUCCAGACACAGACUCCCAGGAAAAAAAGUAUUGGAGAAUGCUCCUUGGCACUGCGGGAGCUCAGCUCAGAAGAGUCAAGUCAUUGGCUGGUUUUAUCUCCUCCUUCCAAAGCACCUGUGCGCCGUGCAGAGCUUCAAAUAGGAACUUGUUUUCAAGCAGUAAACAGGAGGAUUCAGUUACAGAUUCUUGAAGCACAAAACCUUCCAGUUUCAUCUACACCACUCUCUUCAAAUUUCUUUGUGAAAGUUGGAAUGUUUAGUACAGAAGGGAUUAUCUACAAGAAGAAGACUCGUCUUCUGAAGUCCACCAAUGGCCAAGUGAAGUGGCGAGAAACCAUGAUUUUUCCAGUUAGCCAAGUCGAACAAGGAAUUAGCUUUCUCAUCAAGCUCUACAGCAGAAGCUCAGUUAGAAGGAAACACUUCCUAGGACAGAUCUGGAUAAGUUCUGAUAGCAGUAACAGCGAAGCAGUAGAGCAGUGGAAGGACACUAUUGCCAACCCUGAAAAAAUUGUUGUUAAAUGGUAUAGCCUUGGUCCAUCUUGAAGA